AUGGCUAUGACAUCUAAUAAUGUUCAAAAUUGUUCAUCGUGUUCAGUUUUGUGUGCCGAAUUUGAUACACCUGUUAAAUGCGAUCGAUGCAUUUCAGUAUUUCAUACUAAAUGCACCGGCCUAUCACCGAGCGAAUUAAAAUGUCUUUCUUUAAAAACUCGUAAUUUAAAAUACUUUUAUGAAUCCUGUAAUAAUGGAUUACGCGACAUUCCAGAAUUAAAAAUGCUAAUAAACCGAUUGCUUAGUGAAGUUAACGAACUUAAAAAUCAAAAAAAAAAUGGUAAUAAUGUUUCACAUUAUUCUGAAGAAUUCAUCAUUAAUGAGAUCGGCGAUCGUAAUAUGAGAGCCUCAAAUCUAAUAUUAUACAAUGUUCCAGAGUCCAACUCAGAUAACACCGCCGACAGAAUUGCUCACGGCUCUAAUGUUGUAAGUAAUCUUAUUGAUUCAAUUAUUAUUGGUGAUAUAAAUAUUAAACCGGUAAAAUUAUUACGUUUGGGUAUUCGUGUUCAUGAUAAAACUCGUCCAAUUAAAGCGAUAUUUAAUUCAUCAAUUGAUGUCUUUGAAAUACUGAAAUCUAAGAAAAAAUUAUUAUCACUUAAUCCACCUUCCAAUAUUGGUAUCAGCUCGAACCGUACGUUGUAUCAAAGAAACUACAUGAAAAAACUUCGUGAAAAGCUGGAGUCCAGAAGAUCAAGUGAUGGUGGUAACGAAUUAAUUAUCAGAUACGUAAGAGGUACUCCAACAAUAGUUUCCAGAAAUGACCGUCCUAAUACUCGUGGAAAAAUUUUUUUUUAA